AUGACACAACCACGACCUCGCUCACGAUCAAGACGCGACAGCGACCCGGCAGCAGACUUGGCGUACAUCCGCUCCAUCUCGCCGCGCCUACGGACGAGUGAGGACUCUGCCCUGGCCGUCGAGUUGGCGGAGGAGGUCUCUGAAUCCCAAGCCACAUCCGAGGGGAAAGAGCAAGAACCUUUCGAGGGGAGAGAGGAGCCGGAAGAAGGGGGGAAAGAGCAACCGGAAGAAGGAGGGAAAGAGCAUGCCACGGCAGGACAUAUCGGGCCACCACCGGAUGGAGGGAUGCGCGCAUGGCUCGUGGUUAUCGGCUCGGCAUUUUCUAUUUUCUGUGUGCUGGGUCUCGUUACGGGAGCAGGGCAGUUUCAGGCGUAUUAUCUCGCACAUCAGUUGAAGGGGUAUUCUACUGCCAAAGUUGCAUGGCUAGCAAGUAUCCAAAUCACGCUCACCUUCGGCGGCGCGGUCAUCUCUGGAGCCCUCUUCGACGCCUACUCCGCCCAUCCACUAGUCAUGCUCUCCACGCUUGGCCAAUUCGGCUCCCUGGUAGCAGUGGCAUUCUCGAGGACAUACUACCAGUUCCUACUCUCCCACGCUGCGUUUGGCGUAUCGGCCGCCAUCGUGUAUUCGCCAGCAACAGGCAUCGCCGCGCACUGGUUCCUCCGUCGCCGAGGAACAGCCGUGGCAGUCAUCAUGUCCGGCGCGGGGGCCGGCGGCGUCAUAUACCCGAUCCUCAUCAAGAACUUGACUGACCGCUUUGUAUGGCGCGACGCUAUCCUCAUCCUCGCGGGGAUCCAUUUUGUACUUAUGCUUCCGGGGUGUUUGUUUAUGAAGAAACGGUUGCCGAAUCGGCCGCCAGUGCCGGUUCGCGCGUUGGCUAAACCGUGGAAGGAUUUCCGGUAUUGCUUCCUCAUCGUUGGACAGUCGCUCACCUCUCUUGCCGUCUUCUCGCCCUACUUCAACGCAUCGCUUUACGCGCGUGCGAACCACGCCUCUCCCACAGUCGUAGGCUACGCCGUAGCCAUCCUCCAAGCGGGAAACUUUGUCGGCCGCAUGGCCAGCGGGCCCCUAGCCGACCGUUUCGGCACCUGGCUAAUCUUCGUCCUCUUCGCCGCCCUCUCCGCAAUAACCCUCUUCGGCUUCUUCAUCGUCCCCCUAAACACACCCGCCACCGUCGCCGGAUUAGCCAUCUACGGCUGCGUCUCAGGCGGACACGUGACUCUCAUCCCGGCCGUGACGGCGACCAUCUCGCCAGCCCACGAGAUCGGUAUGCGUUUGGGAUUGCUGUGGACUGUGCUGUCGGUCACCAUGCUUGUCGGGCCUGUUAUUUCCGGUGAGCUCAUCACGGUGGGUAAUGGGACGUAUAAGUGGGCGGGCCUGUGGAAUGCGCUCCAGUUCUGCUUGUCUACUGCUGUGCUAAGUGUGCCGGGCGUUGUUAUGUGGCGCAGGAGACGGAGGGAGGGGGGAGAAGUGUAG